AUGGGUAGAAGGGCCAAAAAUAAGCAAGGUAUGCCACCUACGUUGGAUGAAUUCAACGAACUGAAGCAAAAAGGCUCUGGCAAGGUAAACAAGAAUGAUAAAAGAAAGAGGUCUGAGGAAGCUCCAGCCAAAAGUAAGAGAGCGAAAAACAUCAAGAAACAAAAGGAUGACAUUGAAGAGCAUCCAGAAGGUCUUCCUCAAGUUGACCUCGAAGAAUUGGCGUCAGCCAAGAAGUCCCUUUUCGAUGAGGAUGAUGAAGAGGAUGUUGGUAAUGAAGAGUUUGAGAAUCUCGAUGACUUAGAAGACGAUGAGUUGGUUGAUUCUGAUGAGGAGGCCAGGGUCCAACCAAUGUUUUCAGACGAUGAUGAUGACGAAGACUUGGAAGGUUUAAAUGCAGCGAAUAUGGAAGCAUAUUCGAAGCAGCUUGAUGACGAUGAAGAAUUGGAAGCUGAGGAAGCUGAAUUGGAAUUAACUCAAGGCGCACCACAGCCUAGAGCAAAGGUUUUGCCUACUGAGGAGGAAGAGGCGAUGAUGGCUGAGCACCCAACCGAUGUCACCUCGGUAAGAACAAGAAUGAUUGAAAUCGUUAAAGUUUUGGAAAACUUUAAGGAGUUGGCUGAGGAGGGGAAAUCUAGAGCUGAUUAUACCUCGAGGUUGUUAAAGGACAUUUGUGAGUACUUUGGAUACUCCGAGUUUUUGGCCGAGAAGCUUUUUAAUUUGUUCUCUCCUUCUGAGGCCAUGGAGUUUUUCGAGGCUAACGAAGUAGCAAGACCAAUCACCAUUAGAACAAAUACAUUGAAGACUAGAAGAAGAGAUUUGGCCCAGACUUUAGUCAACAGGGGUGUGAAUUUGCAACCCAUUGGAGCUUGGACAAAGGUUGGUUUGCAAAUCUUUGACUCGCAAGUGCCAAUUGGUGCUACUCCAGAAUACUUGGCAGGACACUAUAUUUUGCAAGCUGCUUCCUCGUUCUUGCCCGUUAUGGCCUUAGAUCCACAAGAAAAUGAGCGUGUCUUGGAUAUGGCUGCCGCCCCAGGUGGUAAAACCACUUACAUCUCUGCAUUAAUGAAGAACACAGGUUGCGUUUUUGCCAACGAUGCCAACAAAGCCAGAACCAAGUCCUUGAUCGCCAAUAUCCAACGUUUAGGAUGUAAGAACACAAUCGUCUGCCACUAUGAUGCUCGUGAAUUUCCUAAAGUCAUUGGAGGUUUCGACAGAGUCUUGUUGGAUGCUCCAUGUUCUGGUACUGGUGUCAUUGCUAAAGAUGAAUCUGUCAAAGUCAGCCGUACUGAGAAAGAUUUUAUUCAAAUCCCUCACUUACAAAAGCAGUUGUUAUUGAGUGCUAUUGACUCCGUUGAUGCAAACUCGCCUACAGGUGGAGUUAUCGUCUACUCCACGUGUUCUAUUGCUGUGGAUGAAAAUGAGGCGGUCGUGGACUAUGCCUUAAGAAAAAGACCAAAUGUCAAGCUUGUUGAAACUGGUUUGCAAAUUGGAAAAGAAGGUUUUACUUCUUAUAGAGGAAAACGUUUCAACCCUAAAAUCUCAAUGACGAGACGUUACUACCCUCAUACGUACAAUGUGGAUGGUUUCUAUGUGGCUAAAUUUAAGAAGAUUGCUCCUUCCCCACAUGACAUCACAAAGGCAGGUGCUAAGGAGAAGGAAUCUCUUGCUAGAUCUGAGGCUGAAGAAGAAGGUAUUAUCCACGAUGAUUUCGCUGAGUUUGAAGAGGAUGAAGACAAACCGUUCAUCCGAAAAGUCGGUCAAGAUAGGCAUGAAGAAGAAGGGUAUCAACCCAAACGCUAA